AGAAAAAUGGAAACAACAAGUCGUGUUGUAGAAGCACUUGAUACUUUAUAUGCAUCUACCGACAAUAAAUUAAAGCGGGAUGCUGACCGUUGGUUAGGCAGUUUUCAAAAAACCCCUGAAGCUUGGACCGUCGCCGACUAUCUUUUAAAGCAAAAAGACGCACUUGUUCCAACUCGACUUUUUGCAGCCCAAACUUUCAAACAAAAGAUUACUUACGACUUGGGUGAUUUAGACGCUCAAGCUCGUGCUCAAUUGCGUGACUCAUUGGUCGAAUUAUUAUGGCAAUCCGUUACAGGCCCCAAAGCCAUCAUGGUUCAGUUAUGUUUGGCCUUGGCUGAUCUAGCCAUUCAAAUGCUCGAGUGGAAAACUGUGAUUCCUGACCUUGUUGAAAAGUUCAAGGAGACACCCGUGUGUUUACUUCAAUUACUCAGUGUGCUUCCCGAGGAAAUGAACAACAAUACGAAAUUACCUUUAACCGAUGCCGAGUAUAAACAAAGAGGUGCUGAACUUAUUGACAGCAACGCCGAACGAGUAUUACAAUUAUUGACCAUGUAUAUGCAAUCCAGUGGAACAGAUCUCGCGUUACAAGAGCUCAUUUUUACGUGUUUCUCCAGUUGGAUUCGAUCGGGAGAAUUGGAUAUUCAGACACUAAGCCAAAGCCCACUUUUAGAAUUCGCCUUCAAAAGUUUAGCUUCGGAAGCCUUGUUUGACGUGGCUGUGGAUGUAGUUUGUGAAAUCAUUUACGAGACACGCGAUGUGAAUGAAUGUCAAGCCAUCAUUCAGCAGAUUUAUCCACUUUUUACACCCAUGGUAGAGAAAUUAGCCGUAGCUAUUGAAGAAGAGGACGAUGAUACCGUCCGAGGUUAUUGUCGUGUCUUUGUGUCGGCUGGUGAAGCCUAUAUCAAUUUGAUUGGAUCUCACCCAGAAGCUUUUUCGACAUUGAUGGACGGUAUUUUGAAAUGUACAGCUUACAAGGAAUUGGAUAUUGUGCCUUUGACCUUUAAAUUCUGGUAUGAAUUAUCCAACUUGUUACAGACAAGUACCUAUGCUGGUGCCAUUCCUCAAUUUUUGGGUUAUUACGAUGCCUUGGUGGAUAUUAUGAUUGUUCACUUGCACUAUCCCGACGAUUUGGAAUCGAUGACAGCGGCAGACCGUGAUGAUUUUAGAGAUUUCCGACAUCAGAUGGGAGACACCUUAAAGGACUGUUGUCGUAUCUUGACCCCUCAACGUUGUUUAGUGAAGCCAAUGAAUUUAUUAACUGCUUUGCUGAAUACCCCAGAUGCGACAUGGCAGCAGAUUGAAGCACCUAUUUUUUCACUCCGAGUCAUGGGUUCUGAGGUCCCAGCCGAAGAAGAUCAGGUCAUGCCUCAUAUCAUGGAAUUUUUGUCAAAGUUACCAGAUCACCCUAAAAUUCGAUACGCCGCUACCUUGGUGAUCUCACGUUAUUCUUUCUGGACAAAGUGUCAUCCUCAAUUUAUCACCUAUCAAUUGAAUUUUAUCUCUUCCGGGUUCCAGAAUAGUGAAGUGGCAGCUGCUAGUGCGCUUGCCCUCAAGAAUCUUUGUAAAGAUUGCAGCGAGCUCUUGGUGGAUUAUAUCUCACAACUUCACUUGUUUUAUUUAAAUGUGGUUAAGACACUUCCGUUCCGAGAUGUGUUGGAGGUGACACAAGCUGUUUCGUAUGUCAUGACAGUCAUCCCGGUCAGUGAAAUUGAAAAGGCUUUGCAGUUAUUUUGUUUACCCAUCGCACAAGAUUUGCACGCCAUUGUAUCUAAAGGAAAAGACGCCCUUUCACAGGAUGACUGUGUCAAGAUUGGAGAUAUUUUGGAGCAGAUUAGUGUGUUUUUCGAUGUGAUUCAACCCAAGGUAGAAUUAGGACAAGCACAUCCCUGCGUGACAUUUAUCAGCGAAUUAUGGCCUGUGUUAGAUAUUACAUUAAGCCAAUUUGGUGAUGUGAACACUGUGACCGAACCACUGUGUAAAUGUUUCAAUAGUUUUAUGCGUAGUUAUGGACCUCACUUCAUUCCAUUAUUACCUCAAUUAAUGGACCGACUUGUCAAUGCAUUUGAAGCGACAGGACAAAGCUGUUAUUUAUGGGUGUCGUUUAAAUUAGUGCGAGAAUAUGCAGUGGAUGCGGGAGAUGCUGCUUUACCUUGUUUCCAAUUAGUACAACGACUUUCGGUGAGCAUGUUUAGUAAAUUGCAGCAAGUGGAUGAGAUGCCAGAUGUGAUUGAAGAAUAUUUUCGAAUGAUGGCGGCGUACUUGGAUAAAGCCGCUGUAUUGUUGGUCAAUGAUGAGUUGGUCAAGACGGUGUUUCAAGCGGGACUAGUGAGUUUGACGAUCCAUGAGGCGCAUGCGUUGGGAGCUGUUUUGGUAUUCUUCACAAGACUGUUGGAACAAGGGCAGGUGCUGGGAUUGUAUAGAGAGUACGGAAAUCAGCUGGUGGCUGUGCUUUUCAAUGGCUUAAUGAAUAACUAUCAUCAUGAUUCGAUUCCGGAUGUUGCGGCAUUAUUGAAAUCUUUGGCCGAACGUUUACCUCAAGAAUCUAGUCAGUGGAUGAUUCAGGUGGUCAAUAAUGUGCCUCAGGACUACAUGUCGAAUCAACAUAAGAAUGACUUUAUUGCAAACUGGACAGGGGCUAUUCAAGAUGGUCAAUGGGCCAAGGUGAGAAGAGUUUUAUCGGACUUUGUUACUGCUUAUCGCCGAAGAAACACUAAUAAGGAUCGACGUUGAUAAAAAAAAAAAGUUGUAAAAAUAGCAAUUUAAACUCACCUUCCCCUUUUUAAAAAAAUAAAUAAAUAAACCCUAAAGUGGUUUU